UUGUUUCCGAGGGUUCAACUGCUACACAGGACCAGGAGGCCAAGGCUUGAGCGGAGGGAGAGGCAUAGUGUGCCUAGAGCCAUGGACUACCAACAGAAGCUGGCUGAAAAGCUGACCAUCCUCAAUGAGAGAGGGAAUGGGGUUUUGAUACGAAUGAACUACAUUAAGAAGUUAUGUGCAGACCCCAAACUGCGACCUUCUGUCCUGACAGACAAAGCCAUGGAACCUGCCAUCAAAUAUAUCAACAAGAAAUUCCCCAACAUUGACUUCAGAGGAAACAUUCAAAAUCUGACAGGCAUUCAGCGACAGAAAUCAGAAGUGCUUGCAGCUACAAGCAGCUACUACGACUCUUUCAUGGAUGUCAUAGAGUUCAGGGACCACGUUUAUGAGUUGCUGAACACCAUCGAUGCCUGUCAGUGCUUCUUUGAUAUUUCAGUCAACUUUGACUUCACCAAAAGCUACCUGGAUCUGAUCAUCACCUACACAUCAGUUAUCAUAACGCUCUCUCGCAUCGAUGACAAGAAGACGCUGGUGGGCAUGUUCAACUGUGCCCAUGAGAUGACCAAUGGGAGCAGUGACCCCUCCUACCCACGACUUGGCCAGAUGUUUAUGGAGUACGAUCAUCCCUGGAAGAAGCUCACUGAGGAGUUUGGCCCCCAUACAAGGUCUGUGACAACAGCAUUGCUUUCACUGAGGCUGGUCUACCCACGUAGGAAUCUGCCAGCAGAGCAGUGGCGGAGCGCCCAGCUCCUCAGCCUGCUCGUUGCUCCAGCUGCCAUGCUGGAUCCAGCCUGCUGUGACACUAUGGCAUGUGAAUAUCUGUCUAUGGAGGUGAUGGAGCGAUGGAUCAUUAUUGGCUUCCUGUUGUGCCACAGCAGCCUGAAUUCGAACCAGACCUCGCAGGAUCUGUGGAAGAUGGCUCUGCGGAACAACAUCUACCUCACCCUCACCAGAGAUGAAGUCCUCAACAUACAUAAGGUCUCUGAGGACCUCUUUGACAGUAUCAAAGGAUAUAAACCGCGAAUUGCAGAUAUCAAGGAAUGCCGUGAGCAUGCUUUAGUCAACAGUGGAGCUAUGCACAGAGAGAGGAGGCAGUUUCUGAGAGGCGCUAUGAAGGAAUUAUUUAAAGUUCUGGAGGAUGAACCUGGACUCCUGGGACCAAAGGCCCUGUUUGUCUUCAUGGCUCUGUCAUUUUCCCGUGACGAGGUCCUGUGGCUUGUCAGACACUCUGAGAAUAUGCCAAAGAUAAAGACACCCGAGGACUACAUUGACAAUCAGAUGGCUGAAUUGCUGUUCCACAUGGAGAAAUUAAGGGGUCUAAUGAGAAAGUACAUCCACAUAGUCCAGCGCUACUAUGUUCAGUACCUGGCUCAGUUCGAUGCCUUGGUUCUCAAUGACACCAUACAGAACAUGUAUGUGUGUCCAGAGGAGGAGUCAGUCCUCAUGAGCUCAUUCGUCUCAACCUUGUCUGCUCUUUCAAUCAAACAAGUGGACAAUAAAGAGGAGUUUGAUUUUAGAGCAGUUAGACUCGACUGGCUAAGAUUACAGGCCUACACAAGUGUGAAUAAGGCCCCUCUCCCUCUAAAAGACUAUCCUGACUUGGCAAAAGUGAUGAACAUGAUCCAGUUUCACACCAAGGUGAUCGACAGCAUGGAAGAGCUGCUGCAGGAGACGUCUGAUGUGUCCAUCCUCUGUUUCUACCCUCGUGUUUUUGAGAAGAUGUUUACCCAGAGCAGUGAGGAUAUGACCAUGAAGCGUUACCUCAUGGCCUUCCCGUCAGUCUGCUCUCACUUCGGUCACUGUGGACACCCUCUCUGCCCAGAAGAGAUGGAGGCAAUGGAGAAGAGGAGUCUGCGCCUGUGUGUCACCUUCCUGGAGCAGAUAGCCAAGCAGACCAGCAAUGUUGUGUUAGAGAUAUGUGCUGAGCAGCGCAACCUCCAUGAUCAGCUGCUGCCCAAGCACUGUGCUGAGAACAUCAGUGCGGCUCGGUAUAGAAAGCAGAAGAAACCCAUGCCAAAAAAAGGGGAGGUCCAGAAAGAGAAGCCAGGCGCUGAGAGCCGAAGGAAAGACCGGACAGUCGCCACCAAUGUGGACAAGAUGCAUCUGAUGUUAACAGAGCUCUGCUCCUCCUACAGUCUCUGCAGUGACUUUAUUGUCUUUGACCACAUCGUCGUUCCCACAGAGUUCCUCCUUUCUCAUCUGGAGAAACGCCUCUCUGAGAUCAUCGUGAGAAUGGCAAAUUACAACCAGACCACCCAGGAGAUAUCCCGCCCCUCUGACCUCCUGGCAGGGAUAAGAGCCUACACAGCCAAUCUGCACAGCCUCUCUAGCUACGUCAAUGUGGACAUCACCCGGCUGGUGAAGAGUGUCCUGCUGCAGCAAACACAGCCACUGGACUCCCAUGGAGGCCAGACUGUCACUACAGUCUACACAAACUGGUUCCUGGAGAGUCUUUUGCGUCAGGCGAGCAACUCCCUCAUCGUCCACUGUCCUACAAUGCACUGCUUUGUCAGCCAGACUACUGACAACGAACCAACUUUCAGAGCUGAGGAGUUCUCAGAUGUUGCAGAGUUACAGGCCCUGGCAGAGCUGCUUGGUCCAUAUGGCCUGAAGUUUCUGAGUGAGAACCUGAUGUGGCACAUCACCUCGCAAGUCAGCGAGCUGAAGAAAAUGGUGAUUGAGAACAUGGACAUCCUGGUACAGAUGAAGAACAACUUUGAUAAGCCCGAGGAAAUGUCCAAUCUGAAAAGGAGGUUGACAGGUGGGGAGAAUGUGCUGAAGAGGAUGACCAUCAUCGGUGUGAUCCUGUCCUUCAGAUCCAUGGCACAGAACUGUCUGAAAGAUGUCCUGCAAAAGCAUUGCCCAUACCUGAUGGGGCCCAUCGAGUGCCUGAGAGACCUCAUUUCUCCCGAAGCUGACAUUAAGGUAACUAUGAGUGUUUUUGAGCUGGCAUCUGCUGCAGGCCUGCCAUGUGAUAUUGAUCCUGCCCUUGUUACAGCUAUUGGCAGUAUGCAGACAGAUAACACAUCCAUUGAUGAGGAGCACAAGCUGUCCUGUUUGUUGCUAGUCUACAUUGCUGUGUCCCUGCCUAUCUUGGCCCUGGACCCCAACUCGUACUACAGCCGAGAGCAUGGAGGCCACAACAACAACAUCCACUGCUUAGCGACGGCUAUCAACCAGCUGGCUGCUGCCAUGUUCACCGUGCAGAACAAGAACAUAGAGCAGCAGCUCAAAGACUUUCUCUUGCUGGCCUCCUCUGCUCUGCUUCAAUUGGGACAAAAUGUUGAUAAAGUGGAGAGCAAAAACAGAGAGUCCGUCUACCUGCUCCUACACAUGAUUGUGGAGGAGUCUCCGUUCUUGAGCCAAGACAUGCUGGAGAGCUGCUUCCCGUAUGUUCUCCUCCGAAACGCCUACAGGGAAGUGUACAGGUCCUUUGUUGUCACUCUGGGCUGAAGACUUUUUUGGAUGCUUUAAAUUUAACUGGUAUUUAUCCCAAGUAUUUCAGUGUGCAUACAUGCUUUGCUUUCAUUACCACUCAGCCUGUGAUUCAUACAGGUCUUGAGCUAGAACAUGGCCGUGGAUAUUUUGAUCACAGUUCAUGUUGACUCUUGUGAGUCACAACUCUGUUUGUACCCACUU